UGGCAAACCCUUCGUCAAGUUCAAGCUCAUAGAUUGUGAUAAACUAGACCAAAGUUCAUCAAAUUUCCCCCAUGGAAAUCUCAUCUGCAAAUUGGCUAUCUGAAAUGGAACUGGAAUCUUCAUUCAUGAAUGAUUUGGAAAUGAACCCUUUUGAGUGCACACUAGAGGAGUUGAGUAGUUUCCAGACAUUCUCCGACGAAAGCUACACAUCCCACGUAGAUCUGGACAAUAAUUCUGUACAAACUCCGACAGCACCGCCACCAGCAAAGCAGGCAAGGACCAGCGGCUCAAGCCGUAGAAUUGCUUCGAUGGCAACUUCUUCUUCGUCGUCCCAAAUCAUUUCAUUUGGGAACGUUGAGUUGUCUUCAAUGGUUGCUCAACCUUCAUAUGACAACAAAAAUAAUAAUAAAACUCCAAAUUAUUAUUGUUCACCAAAUAAAAACCAUGGGGUUGGAAUCAAAAGGUCUGUUGCAGCUAUGAAUAGUAAUAAUCGCAGCCCUUUGGUUGCUCAAGAACAUGUCUUAGCUGAAAGAAAGCGCAGAGAAAAGCUUAGCCAGCGAUUUGUUGCUCUUUCUGCCCUUAUUCCAGAUCUUAAGAAGAUGGAUAAAGCUUCCAUUCUUGGGGAUGCAAUAACAUACAUCAAAGAUCUUCAAGAACGUUUGAAGGUUGCAAAUGAACAAGCAGCCAAAGCAACAGUGGAAUCAGUGGUGUUUGUGAACAAAUCUGAGGAUGCCUCUACCAUCGUCGUCAGUGACGAUUCCUCGGAGGAAAACAGCUCCUCCUCGUCGGACGGAGCAAUUCCGGACGUAGAAGCAAGAGUGUCUGGAAAGGACGUCCUUUUGAAGAUUCAUUGCAAGAAAUGCACAGGCUGUCUUUCAAAUAUACUAAAUCAAAUAGAGAAACUUAAUCUAACAGUUCUCAACUCUAGUGCUUUGCCAUUUGGCAAUUUCAGGGUUGAUAUAACAAUUAUUGCUCAGAUGGAUGACGAUUUCUCCAUAACAGUGGAGGAACUAGUGCAGAAACUAAGACAAGCUUCUCUUAAAUUUAUGUAAACUUACAAAUGUUGAAUUUUCUCCCAUAAUUAAUCCUUAAUUUUAGAGAUAAUAAAAGCCUUGUGGAAUCCCUAAUUAAGGUUCUGUUAAUUUUUUGUUUCCUUUAGAAAUUUUUGCGUGGGGCAAAUCUUUGACCGGCCACGUUAAGGAAAUUUAGGAAAAGAAAAACAACCACAUGUGCUGUAAAUCAAGCUUUGUUUUUUUUUUCCCCUCUUUUAAGAUUACUUUUGAUUCCAAUUUUUUGGGGGUCUCUCCUUUUGCACUUGAAUCUAAAAAAUUUAAUGUAAGAUUUUGUUUAUUGGAUUAA